GCUGGGGCCGUGCGUGUGUCCCCGGCUGGUCUGUCACGGAGCAGCCUGUGCCCCCGGGCUGGUUUGCCGUGGAACGCGAGGGUUCCGCGCGGGGGGAGCGGCUGCAGACGCGUGUGCGGUCCGGGAACGGGGCGCAGCCCUGGGCGCCAGCAUCGCUGGUGGCGCUUACCAGAGAAGAUCACGAUGAGUCUACGGAAGCAAACCCCCAGUGACUUCCUAAAACAAAUCAUUGGAAGGCCAGUUGUUGUAAAAUUAAAUUCUGGAGUUGAUUAUCGAGGUGUCCUGGCUUGCCUGGAUGGAUAUAUGAACAUAGCUCUGGAGCAGACUGAGGAAUAUGUAAAUGGACAGUUAAAGAACAAGUACGGGGAUGCAUUUAUCCGAGGAAAUAAUGUGUUGUACAUAAGCACCCAGAAGAGGAGGAUGUGAAGAUGCCAGAAGGAGGCUGUUUUUUUUGUACUUGUGAACCUCUUUGAAGUGAUGAGCCCUACUUGAUUUGUAGUUCAAAAUCCACAGGUGAAAUACACAAGUGUAUAAGUAUUUUUUUUAAAUAAAUGUAAACAUGAGUGUAAA